GGAGCCAGCCACAUGGAAUAAAGGAGGAGACUGGAGGAGCAGAUCUUUAAAAGAAGAAGACAGAUUCUGUUCUGUCAGGUUCCUCUGAGUAUGUGUAAGAGUAAGCCAGAGGAAAGAGAGCUUGGAGAGAGGGGAAGGCAGAGGGAGAGAGGGGGAGAGGGGAUCUGUUGCAGGCAGGGGAAGGCGUGACCUGAAUGGAGAAUGCCAGCCAAUUCCAGAGACACACAGGGACCUCAGAACAAAGAUAAGGCACUGCUGACACCACACGGGGGACGAGCUCACAGCCACCUCAGGCCCGGGGGACCAAGGCCUGGCAGCCAAGAGGACCCAAGACAGAAAAAUGAGGUGGCUCCUUCUCUGUUACACCCUGUGCUUCUCCUUCUUGAAGACUUCAGCCCACACUGUGGAACUGAACACUAUGUUUGGCCAGAUCCAGUCACCUGGCUAUCCAGACUCCUAUCCAAGUGACUCUGAAGUGACUUGGAAUAUCACUGUCCCGGAGGGAUUUCGAAUCAAGCUUUACUUCAUGCAUUUCAACUUGGAAUCCUCCUAUCUUUGUGAAUAUGAUUAUGUAAAGGUAGAAACUGAAGACCAGGUUCUAGCCACCUUCUGUGGCAGGGAGACUACGGACACAGAGCAGACCCCCGGUCAGGAAGUGGUCCUAUCCCCCAGCUCCUUCAUGUCUGUCACUUUCCGGUCAGAUUUCUCCAAUGAGGAGCGAUUUACGGGUUUUGAUGCCCACUACAUGGCUGUGGAUGUGGAUGAGUGCACGGAGCAGGAGGACGAAGAGCUGACCUGUGACCACUACUGCCACAACUACAUCGGUGGCUACUACUGCUCCUGCCGUUUUGGCUACAUCCUCCACACGGACAACAGGACCUGCCGAGUGGAAUGCAGUGACAACCUUUUCACACAGAGGACUGGUGUGAUCACCAGCCCUGACUUCCCCAACCCCUACCCCAAGAGCUCAGAAUGCUUUUACACCAUCAAGUUGGAGGAGGGCUUCAUAGUCAGCCUGCAGUUUGAGGACAUUUUUGACAUUGAGGACCAUCCUGAGGUGUCUUGCCCUUAUGACUACAUUAAGAUUACAGCUGGUUCAAAAGUGUUUGGACCCUUCUGUGGAGAGAAUGCCCCAGAGCCCAUCAACACUCAGAGCCACAAUGUCCAGAUCCUGUUCCGCAGUGACAACUCAGGCGAGAACCAAGGCUGGAGGCUCUCUUACACAGCGACAGGAAACGAGUGCCCAGAGCUACGGCCUCCCAUCUACGGGUCCAUCGAGCCCUUACAAGUCAAGUACUCCUUCAAAGACCAGGUGCUUGUCAGCUGUGACACAGGCUACAAAGUGCUAAAGGAUAACCUGGAAAUGGACACGUUCCAGAUCGAGUGUUUGAAGGAUGGGACGUGGAGCAGCAAGAUCCCCACCUGUAAAAUUACAGACUGUGGAAUCCCACCAGAGUUGGAACAUGGGCUAGUAACCUUCUCCUCCAGACACAACCUUACCACAUACCAGUCCGAGAUCAGAUAUACCUGCCAGCAGCCCUACUACAAGAUGCUUCAUAAUAUCACAGGUGUUUAUACCUGUUCAGCCCAAGGAGUCUGGAUGAAUGAAGUGCUGGGGAGAAGUCAACCCACCUGCUUGCCAGUGUGUGGGCUCCCCAGGAUCUCCAGGAAGCUGAUGGCCAGGAUCUUCAAUGGACGCCCGGUGCAGAAGGGCUCUGCCCCCUGGAUUGCCAUGCUGUCCCACCUGAAUGGUCGGCCCUUCUGUGGUGGCUCUCUUCUAGGUUCCAAAUGGGUCAUAACAGCAGCUCACUGUCUCCACCAAUCACUCGACCCAGAGGCCCCAACUCUACACAAUUCAGACCUGCUCAGUGCUUCUGAAUUCAAGGUCAUCAUGGGCAAACACUGGAGGAUCCGCUCAGAUGAUAAUGAACAGCAUCUCCUAGUCAAGCACAUCUUCCUCCACCCCCUUUAUGAUCCCAGGACAUUUGAGAAUGACGUGGCUCUGGUAGAGCUGCUGGACAGCCCGGAGCUGAACGACUUUGUGAUGCCUGUCUGUCUGCCUGAGGGGGCUUCGGAGCAAGGGUCCAUGGUCAUCGUUAGCGGCUGGGGGAAGCAGUUUUUGCAGAGGUUCCCAGAGACCCUCAUGGAGAUCGAAAUCCCGAUCGUUGAGCACGGUGUCUGCCAAGAGGCCUAUGCCUCCCUGAAGAGGAAGGUGACCAGGGACAUGAUCUGUGCGGGGGAGAAGGAAGGCGGCAAAGAUGCCUGUGCGGGUGACUCUGGCGGCCCCAUGGUGACCCUGGAUAAAGAGCGAGGGCAGUGGUACCUAGUGGGCACAGUGUCCUGGGGCGACGACUGUGGAAAGAAGAACCGCUAUGGAGUUUAUUCUUAUGUCUACCACAACAAAGACUGGAUUCAAAGGGUCACUGGAGUGAGGGCUUAGAUUCAGUGCCUCACUCCCCUCUCCCACCACCCUCCCUGAGUCAGUCAGCAGCAGAAGAUAAUUAUCUGAUGCAAGACACCCACCUCAUUCAGCCCAUGCACUACUGUUAGAUUCGGCCCUUUCAAAGAAGCAGAGCCACGGAGUGGUGAGAGAACACCAGAAAGAAGCCAGGUUCUGCCACUUAGGAACUUUGCAACACUGGUGAGGAGUCUCAGCCUUUGAACCUUUAUCCACCUGACCUACCUCAAAAAAAAAAAAAAAAGAGCCUGGUGAGAAUCAAAUUAUUGAUAGGUACUUAGCCCAGUACGGUGAUAGCACUUAACCCAGUACAGGCAAGGAAGAUGUCACUAAGUGUGACUUCUUAGCUGAAGUGUCUACCAGACAGGAAGUGACAUUCUCUUACAAAUCCUGGCUGAUGGGUGAUGCACUUUGCCCCCUCAACCUUGGACAUCUCCUUCAUCUUCUUCAUCUGCUCUCAACUGUUAUGUUUCUUUGCUACUAAGUACACUUCCCAACUCAAUCCCCAUACCCCCAAGUGAAUACAAAAUAAUAAUAAAAAUAAUAAAGCCUUUAGUCUAUGGCAUAACCCAUGUAAAUGUGAGCAAGACGCCACUUAUGAGUAGCAGAGAGGAAUGGAGACUAGGAAGGAGGGAGACAGGAAAGUCAGACACCAAGUUCUAGGUCUAGCUUUGCCCUCCAUGCUCCCCUCCCCCCAAAAAAAAACCCAAAAACUCUGCAAUUCCCUUUGCCUCAAUCCAGCCCUCCACCUAACUGGCAAAUUGGUGGACUAGUAAUAUUGUGUUUCCUUGAUAAGAUGACCUCAAGUCAAAGUAACCAAAAAGAAAAAAAAAACAAAAAACUACCUUAAACUCAACAGAGUUUUGAAGCAGAGAAAAUAUUGCUGCUGACACCCAGCCCUUACCACCAAACCCCAAUUCCCAAAGCCAAGUGCUAACCUUGAGAUUAGCCCUAAUUCCUUUGCAGAGCCCCUGUUCUAGGCCCUGCCCCAAGUUAAACAAGGUUGACCCAUGACUCAGGUCCCUCCACCUCUCCACCCCCAGCACCCAGUUCCUGGUCUAGCCAACCCCAAGCAGCCUCUCUGGCUCUUCACCCUGAAACCCAAAGCCAUUAAAUGCUUCCCCUGCAGACUGGCACAGAACACCACUGCCCCCUCCCCACAGCAGCUGCCCCUUUCAGGAAGCUCUCAGAGACCUCGUCCUCCCCACCUCUUGCAGACUUAAGACCAUCCAUCAGAGGACCAAAAGCCGGUAACACUUGCUUACUGUUGUAGCAAAACUGCGCACUGUGGAGGGCUUUAGUUCUCUAACUCUCAGCAGCUGUGAGACUCCUCCAGGGUCUUGCUGAAAGACAAUAAGGAGGAAUGAGGCGCCACAGAUACUAUGCCUUUAAGCUAAGCUCUCAGGGACAGCAAUCUAAAACUUGCCUCAGGCUCCAGGAGGCAGUCGUUCUACCUCUCUGUGUCCUGUUGUUUAGUCUGUACAGGGGAGCAGGAGGUGGGAUUUGCUUCCAUUUGUCAAAGGAGCUGGAACCUUAGCUGAACCAAAGAAGAACAAAACACCUCCAUUCCCACUCACCGGCGCUCCCUUUGCACCACCACCCCUCCCAUAAGCUAGGUUGUACUGUUAUUUUGGAAAUAACAGCACAACCUUCCACAGACUCCUCAAGAGAAAACUGACAAGCCCAUGAAAGACUGUCACAUAACCAAGUGAAUGCCACUAGGUGUUGUGGUUCAGAGCAUCGCGGAGUCAGAAUAAAGGUCACUCUGGUGUGGAACAUGGGAGGCAGGGUGGCAUCAGGAAACAGAGGAAAUAGCGUUGGUGGGGAGGCUUGAAGAGGAUGGACAUUCCCACGGGUAAGAUGGGGAAUUUUCCGCAUGGAUGGAGAAGCAAGGAUAAAUGUCUGUUCAGGCUUUCCUUAGACCACACCAGCUUCUCUCACUAAAACAACAAGAGCAAAAGACAAUGACUGGGAUGAGAACCAAUGUCCCAAGUCUUGCUUCUCAGUGGCAGACAACUAUAGGGCUUGAAGCAGCCUUGGGGUCUACAAAAGAGUACUGGCUUUUGUCUGGACCCAGUUUCUCCUCAAUUUCUACUUACUGCUUAGAACUUGGAGCCCUUGCCUCUUUCUGCCUUCGAACUACAGAUCACUCUUGAUCUACUACACACUCAUUAGCUUUUCCAGCUACCAUACCUCUCUGCUCAGCUGGAGGAAACCCAAACCUUUCAGGGUAAUAGAAACAGAGAACAGGGGUGUCUGUUGGGACCGUUAUGUACGGCCUUGUGAUUUCAUUCUUUACCGGGUCUAGAAAUAUAAAGUUCACUAUCUCUAAUUGGAGCCCAUUCCAACCUCGAAGUGUGCAAAAAGGUCUCUCUUGUAUGCAACUCAAAUCUGUCUCCUUUGAAUACAAUUUGUGGGCAGAGGGUAGAUAGUAUAAUGGUUAUGCAAACAGACUCUCAUGCCUGAGACUCCAAAGUCCCAGGUUCAGUCCCUUGCACCGAUUAAAAUAAAAUACAGAUUGUACAGCUAAAGAUGACAUUGUAUCCUAUGAAUGUUGCUAUUCAUAAUUACUAUCAUGCCUGAUUUUAUUGGGAGCAGAUAUUGUUUUUGUGGGUGACUACAUAUUUGUUCCAAUAAACAUCUGAAUUGAAUCAAAA